GAUGAGGAUGGUGAAGGCUUCCAACGUCGUAGAAGCUCUGCAAAGCUGGGGCAGUACCACGAUGAAGAAUAUUACAGGGAGCGACGAGGACGAGAGUACGAUCAUAGAAUUAAGGGCUACCGCAUUGCUUUCUUCUUCACUGCCAUCUCUGAGCCGUAGUUUCCCACUCAGGGACGAUCUGAAGAAUGCAAGAACUUACUUCGCAAACUCUAAUAGAGGGAAGAACCUCCGCGGCAGGCGUGGUCACGAGCGAAGUGUAGC